GGAUUUGGUGGGUAGGCUGGAUACUAACCUGUCCCAGCACCCAAGGUCAUUUUGACAGGUGGGCAGGGCUGUGAGGCACUCCAGAAGAGUGCACUGCAGCAGGAAGCCAUUAUUGUUAUUUAUUAUUUAAUUUUAUUCCUUGAAUUUGUAUCCCACCCUUCCUUUCCAAGGAGCUAAGGGCAGCAAGCUGAUACACAGUUUGAAAACAGCAAUCCCCCCCUAAAACAGUUAAGGCAUUAAAAACAACAACAACAAUUACAACUAAAAACAUUUAUUUCCUGGCACUGGGAAUACUCUGUGGUACAAAUUGUCAAUUUGGGGGCAAAAUCUGGGAUUUUGAGAAACUGCUGUGGGUGUCAGUAACAAGAUGGCUGCCGUGGGGGUGCAGCAUAACACAAAAUGGCUGCCACAUGCAAGAGAACAGAGAAGGGGAUUGGGGGAAACGGUGUCAGCGUAGUCCGUCCGGUGGAUGUUGAAUCCUGGCAUCCAAGAAAAUGUGAGCAUGCUUCAGGCGAGAAGGUGUUCAGCGCUGGAGAAGCUGACCAAAGCCCCAAAAUGCCAUCACGAUUGCUGUGUCAUCGCGAGCCCUCUUCCGUAUGGAAGAGGAGCAGAAGAUUUACAAUGAGCAGGGUGUGGAGGCCUACGUGAAAUUCCAGCUGGAUCACGAGAAUGAGCCCUUUCUGCCUGGAGCAGCCUUCCCCUUCGUCAAGGCACUGGAAGCUGUUAACAUGCAGCUGCGGGUGCUCUACCCAGAGAGCGAAGAGCUCUUCGACAUCGUCCUCAUGACUAACAACCACGCUCAGGUGGGAGUCCGCUUGAUCAACAGCAUCAACCAUUACAACCUGUUCAUCGAGAGGUUUUGCAUGACAGGUGGGAACAGCCCCAUUUGCUACCUGAAGGCCUACCACACCAACCUGUACCUGUCAUCUGACUGCGAGAAAGUGAGUGAAGCCAUAGAAGAGGGAAUUGCUGCAGCCACCAUCUUCAGCUCCAACAGGGACGUGCAGGUUUCAGAGAACCAGCUGCGUGUAGCCUUUGAUGGAGACGCUGUGCUGUUUUCAGACGAGUCUGAGCAGAUUGUGAAGGCUCAUGGCCUUGACAAGUUCUUUGAGCAUGAGAAGACUUAUGAGAACAAGCCUCUGGCUCAGGGGCCACUGAAAGGUUUCUUGGAAGCUCUUGGGAAGCUCCAGAAGAAGUUCUACUCCAAGGGGCUGCGCCUGGAGUGCCCCAUCCGCACGUACCUCGUCACGGCACGCAGCGCGGCCAGUUCUGGAGCCCGUGCCCUAAAGACUCUCCGGAGCUGGGGGCUGGAAACAGACGAAGCCCUCUUCCUAGCCGGCGCCCCCAAGGGACCCUUGCUGGAGAAGAUUCGCCCACACAUCUUCUUUGAUGACCAAAUGUUCCAUGUGGAAGGGGCAAAGGAGAUGGGUACCAUCGCAGCCCACGUCCCUUACGGGGUGGCUCAGAAAUCCAGGCGCUUGGCACAGGCGAAACAAAAUGAGAAUAGCAAGUAGCAGAAAAGAGCGGGACUGGGCUAGGCCAGCCUUUGAUACACGGAGAGAAACAUCUCUAUGGAGAGAUGAAAAGUUUAGAACACCUUCCAUGAGGACUAGAACCAAAAGGGUUGGGAUGGCAGGUGUCUUGUUUGGGGUAGGUUGUUUGGGAGAAGGCUUCCUUACACCUACCUGUACACAUUGCACUUUACAGAAAUGCUCUUCCCUCUGCCUCACCAUAACCUUGCGUGCCCAUCACACCAUUGCUGUCAGUGUCUGCUGGUAGACUUUUGCUUCUGCCCUGCCAUCCACUCACAAUGCUUCAAGGUUGAUUGUCACCUUUUGCUCUUGAAUAUUCAUGAUAUGUACUGUUUUUUCUUGCGGGCCGCCGCAAGGGGGCUGUGUUUUAUUGCACGCUUCAACAGUUGCAUUGUGCAGAAUUUGCUAAUGGUGCCAAUUUAAGCGUUGUGAAAUUCCCAGCUUUCAACACUAGUUUUGAAAGAAAAACAGCAUUUUCUAGCUCUUAUGUUUGCAAGGAUGAGCACAAAAGCAUGUGUGCAAUUCCUUGAUGGAAUUUAUCUGGAAUCAGAAGCCUCGGAGAGCGCCAGCAUUGGUUGGGUGGUGAGGCUGACCAUGGGGUGACCUCCUGAGACUACCCCCAACAAUGUGCCCAGCCCACAUUGAGCACCCCAAAAACGGUCAAAGGUAGUGAUGACCAAUGGGGCCCAUCACAAAUGGAUUGUCCAAGGGCCCCUCAAAGAGAUUGACUGAGAAGGAGGCCUGCCAACAGAAAAAAAUGCUCCAUAAAACUCUUUCCAGGAAGAACUCUUAUCAGGAAGGGCCACAGCUCAGUGUUUAGAGCAUCCACCUUACACGUGGAGGGUCGCAGGUUCAAUCUCUGGCAUCUGAGAGACCUCUGCCUGAAAUCCUGGAGAGCUUCUGCCAGUCAGAGUAGACAGUACUGGACUAGAUGGUCCAAUGGUCUGACUCGGUAUAAGGCAGCUUCCUAUGUUUCCCCCAUCUCUCAUGGCCAACAGAAGCUAAAUAAUUAUGCAAAACACACAUAUGAAUGCAAGUUUGCUUCAUUCUUCCAAUUUGCUCAUCAAAUGUGGCUUUUGUGAAUGCCCCAUGCCUGCCCCAACCUAAAAUCUGCAUCUGCUUUACCUCUAGCCAGCUUAUGCACACUUACAUUUUGCCUCGCUCUUUCCAGACAGAGGCCUGUGCUUUAAUGCUCCAUGUCUGAGCAUUCCCCACCCCCACCCCAAGCAAAAAGGAGAGAGAGCAAGCACAGGAUGAUCUGUGUUUUCUUUUUAUUUCUCAGUGCUUUGAGAAAAGACAGUAAAUGAAAGCUGUGUUCCUGAGUCAGUGGAUGGUGCUGGAACAUGGACUAUGACAACGCAGGUCCAAAUCCCCACUGAGCCUUGCUGGUCACUGUUAGAGACUGAAAAAUCAGUCUCAAUCAGCCUAACCUAACACCCCUAUGCCCAUACACCAUCCUUAGAGGAAAAGCAGGCUAUAAAUGUGAUAAAUACACAAUCUGGAACCUUCCCAUUCCAAGUGUGUCUGGGAGCUUUUCACCACUUACCCCCUGGUUUUUUCAGCAGGGCUCCAGAGGUCUAUUGAAUAAUGUGGCAUCUUCCGUUUUUAACCAGUGUUGCAAUUUCCCUGCUGUGCUCAUGGGCUGUACUGUUAACACGGGGCAAUAUCUGGGGAGCCGUUCCCUGCUUGACUGCCCAUUUGCCACAGUGGAAGCAGGCGGAGGCUGCGAAAGGUCGUGCUUCUGUGUCUGCUGGCGGCUUUGCUUAGGAAUGAAACAAUGCAAUCAAUGACUGUCUGUCCUUCUGGGUGUGUUAUCUGUAAUAAAUUCUGUCUAUGUUAC